AUGAGUGGAUCUACAAAUAGCUAUAGUUUAGAUAAUCUCGAGUUUAAGACGAAUCAAUCGUUUCUUAGUAGUACGGCGGGAUCGAUUGGUUCUGAGACGACACAGUAUUGGAAUGAUAUAAGUGAGUCUGGUGGUAGUAUGUUUUCAAAGAUCUCUGGAAAGAUCACCAGUGUCAUUCCAGGAAUUAACAAUGCCAACAAACCAAAUCAACAACCGACCUUCUACGAAGAAGUACAACAACAAACAUCGUUUUCAUAUAUUCAAAGAUUGACUCUAUUUGCAAUUACAUUAUUAAUUGGAAUUGCAUUAAUUGUUAUGUCAACAUUCUUUGUAUUUUCACCGAGAACAUUUGCAAAGUUAUAUACACUCGGUAGUCUGAGUGUAAUUGUAGGAUUAAUAGUACUUGUAGGUUUGAAGAAACAGUUUGAAAAUAUAACAUCGUCGAAAGAACGUUUGUAUUCUUCGUUGAUCUAUUUAGUAUCGAUCGUUGGAACAUUAUAUUGUGCAUUAAGUUUACAAUCAACAUUUUUAUCAAUGUUUAUGGUUGUUUUACAAUUCCUAUCAGUUGUAUGGUACUCUCUUUCUUAUAUUCCAUUUGGACAAGCGAUUUUACAAAAGAUUAUUUAA